AUGGCAGAUUACCACAUCCGACUCUACCAGGACUCUGAUUACGACAUGGUGAGGGACAUCUUUGUUUGCGGCAUUACAGAACCUUACCCUGCGUCCUUCCGUCAUACAUUUAGCCUUCCCCGAGUUUGGAUUCUCAUUCUUGCUGUGUUCCUGCUUGCCCUGAUCACCACGGGGUCUCCUAUAGUCUCAUUUAUAGCUGUGAUCAUGGUCAUACUUGUCCUAUUGCUAAUGAACCGAGCUAUGUUCUUUUUCUAUGCCAGGAGAUGCCUGGCUACUGACAUGUUGGAUAUCAGGAAGAAUUAUCUCCAGCGGGAUGGUUGUGGUUUCUGGGUGGCAGAAUCAGCAGGAGAAAUUGUGGGCAUAGUGGCGGCUGCCCCAUUUCCCCAUGGACAGAACCAAGUGGAGCUCAAAAGGCUGUCGGUCCCCAAGAAACAUAGGGGUAAAGGCCUCGGCAAGGCUUUGUGUAAGACUGUCAUUGACUUUGCACAGAAGUAUGGCUAUGAGGCCGUAGUCUUAGAAUCUUCAAUUUUCCGGAAGGAUUCCAUACGACUGUACAAGAGGCUGGGCUUCAGGAUCACCGGAACCUAUCAUCAAAAUCACUUUUUCUUAAAAUUUAUAGACUACCUUGACAUUGUUUUCCAGUACGAUCUUUCCUAA